AUGACUGAACAAAGGCCUAUGAUGUGCCUUUUCAAUACUGUGACAGGAGAAAUGUUACCAGUCCAGGACUUAAGGUCUCUCCUUUGUUCGUCUGUGACCAAACUGCAAACAAUGGUAUCUGUGCAGACCGGAAUUCCAGUGAGCAAGUUUUGGCUCUGCACACCUGCUGGUGUCCAACUGUACCAAUGCAACUGGCUGGACUAUGGCACUGAAACAGCACACCAAGACACCAGAAAGUGUCUCAUCCAAGCAGCUGCAGAGAGCAGCCAAACCCUCAGCCUUGAACUCUUUAUCACCAAAAGCAUUUUGAGCUUGGCUUCUCGGGACCCCGGAGGCUGUAAACCUUUGAAAAUUGCAGUUCAGCAUGAAGGACUGUGCGGUCUUCGCAGCUGA